AUGCAUUCUACAUACUGCAAGGAUUCGGAAGAACAUUUAAUGUUCUGCACAACCACAUGUCGAAAUUAUAGCUGUCUGGUGAUAAAUGGUGGAUCCGUCAACCAUAGCAACGUGAGAGCUUUCGGCUUAUUGGAUCGUCAGCAAAACGAGAAGUCCUUUAAUAGUCAUCGCUCAGCUAAGACACUGUCACUACGGCCAUUAUCAUUGCUCCACCAGAGACUUUUGUUACUGGGAAUGAACUAUAUCAUCAAGUCUGCUUUCCAAAGCACAUUUUGGCAACAAGUAAUUGACCUGUCAGCUCUUGCUGAGAGUCAAUCGAUUGCGAAGAAGUAA